AAGCCUGUUGGGUCUGAGGAGUGAGAGGGGAUUUGGUGCGAAAACAGCAGAAAUGGCCAGCAAAGUUGUGGACCUGUUGUAUUGGCGGAAUGUGGGAAAAACAGGACUGGUGUUCACAGGGCUGGUGGUGGGCUUGGCCUCACUUUUUCAGCUCAGUGCCAUCUCUCUGUUGUCCAACCUGGGCCUGGGCAUCAUGGCCUUCACCCUCCCUGUACGCCUCCUCUUCAAAACAAUGGACCUGAUCCGUCUUAAUGAUGGAACUAAUCCCUUCCAGUCCUGUUUGGAAGAGGACAGUACUUUGACAGAUGAGACUACAGUUCGUGUUGUGGAGAAGAUUGUGCUCCUGAUUGCUACUUUAAUCACAGAGCUGAAAAGACUCUUCUUCAUUGACAGUAUUAUAGACUCUCUGAAGUUUAUUGUUCUACUGUACCUGUUAACCUAUGUUGGGGUAAAAGUCAAUGGUCUUACUCUUGUGAUUGCUGGUGUGAUUUGUGCAUUCUCUCUGCCUCUGGCAUACAAACUUCAGCAGGAACGGAUUGACAGGAUUAUCAGUGCAGUCCAAUCAUUGGUGACAAAAACGACAGAGAUAGUUGAUCUUGUGAUGUCUUUAGUCAAAACGCCUCUUCCAGCUCCAACUCCUGUGUCUGCUCCUACACCCAAACCCAAACUCAAGACCAAAUAAUGAGGCUAAGAAGAACAUAGAGUCUUAUUUUGCAGUUAUGGCUGGGAUGUAUUCUGGAUGUAACAUGAGAUAAGAAGUGGAAUGACAUAAAUGUCUUUAUGGUGCUAGGAAUGUAUUGGAAUUUAAUACAAUAUUCAUGCAGCUGAUCACUAUGAUUGUGCAAGAAAAAGAAAAAAAAG